UUUUGUUAAAAAUUUCCAACAUUCGUUAAUAGAUGUCUCUGUGGUGCUUUGGUGGUCACAAUCAUUCGCAAUAUGGUAUCCGCGUCCACGUGAAUAUCUAACCUAUUCUAAUUGUUUAUGUACUAUAAAGGCAAUAAUUGUUUAUCAUACUAUUAUUAUAAAUAAGAAUCAUUAAUGAAAAAAUGACAACUGACGAGAAGAUAAUUAGUGCGGAAGAUAUAUUGAAUAAUAAAUCAGGUAUUUCAGAUGCGAAUACAAAAGAUUCGGAUAGUAUCGAUAAAAAGUGUAAUAAAAUAAGUCUAAAAACCAAGAAAGAAAAGUCAUUAGAGGAACAAAUUCCUAAAGGAAAACCAAAAUCUGGUAGGAUAUGGAAAGAACAAAAAAAAAGGUUUUCUUCUAUUGUUAAAACACGUGGUAUACGAUUAUCUUUUGAUAAAAAACAAAAAUUGAAGGAAGAUCUAAAACAUGUUAAAGAAAUGUCACGGGAAAUAAAAGCGAAAAAGCAAGCGGAAAAGGAGGCAAAAAAAGAAAGAAGAAGAGCCAAUUUAAAACGUGCUGCAGAGAAUCAAAGGAAGAGUGAAAUUGUACAAGUUAUCACAAAUACUGCAAAAUUGAAAAAGAUUAAGAAGAAACAUCUUAGAAUGAUAGAAAAAAGAGAUACGCUCAAUUUUUAGAAAUAUUGAGCACUUACAUCUCU